AUGCAUGAAAUAAAACUUCAUUCCACACCUCAAUCAAAACUUACCUUAGGAGAAGAAGAUUUAACUGGUUUAAUUAGAUUGCUAACAGAAGAGAAAGAAGAUUUAGCUGGCUUAAUUAGAUCACUAAUAAAAAAUGAAGAGUUAGCUGGUUUAAUUAGAGUGCUGAUAAAAGAGAAUGAUGAUGCUAAAGGGGAAGAAAAAGAUGAGGAAUUGGACGAGGAAAAAAGAGAA